AUGGCGAAUUCCACCACUUCAAUACCAACAUCCAAAGAGAAGUCAAAUUCAGUAUUUACGCUGAAUGAUUUCAACUCACGCACCCARCUAACCGAAAAGGCACAGCUUGACGAUGAGUACAACCCAGCGGAUCAUCGUGACCAGGUCAAGGGCCAAACAACAGGUGGCGCAUUAGCGCAUUUGUUGAAGAGUUCACUAGGCACCGGCAUUCUAGCCAUGCCAAUGGCCUUCUACAAUGGCGGUUUGCUGUUCGGCAUGAUUGCCACGUUGGUGGUCGGCUUCAUAUGUACGCAUUGUGUGCAUAUAUUGGUUAAAACAUCGCAAGAUAUUUGCAAAGAAAUCAGAGUACCUGCAUUGUCAUUCGCUGAGACAGCCGAGAAAGUGUUCGAAAAUGGACCAAAACGUUUGCGGUCAUGGUCGAAUUUUGCGAAGCAAUUCGUUGAUGGCGGUCUGAUGGGCACAUACUAUGCCGCCGCUUGCGUUUACAUGGUGUUCAUUGCCACAUCAUUUCACGACGUGAUCAACUAUGACACCGGUCUUAAAUGGGAUGUGCGCAUUUAUAUUGCGAUUGUUGUAAUACCCUGCCUAUUAAUUGGACAAAUAAGGGAUUUGAAAUGGCUUGUACCAUUUUCCGCCAUGGCCAACAUAUUCAUUGUGGUCACAUUCGUCAUUGUGUUAUACUACUUAUUCAGCGAGUCUUUGGUAUUCGAAGACAAACCGCUGAUAGCGGAAGUCACACAGCUACCGCUCUACUUUGCGACUGUCAUCUUCGCCAUGGAGGGUAUUGGCGUAGUUAUGCCCGUCGAGAAUACCAUGAAGAAUCCACAAAGAUUCCUUGGCUGCCCCGGUGUACUCAAUAUAGCUAUGAUUGUCGUAGUGUCAUUGUAUGCGUUAAUCGGUUUCUUAGGUUAUGCACGUUAUGGCAGCGAUGUGCUUGGCAGCAUUACUUUGAACCUGAAGGAAGGUGUACCUUUGGCUGACACAGCGAAAUUGUUGAUGGCCGUUGCCAUACUGUUCACCUAUGGACUGCAGUUCUACAUACCCAACGAAAUUCUCUGGAAAAAAAUUAGUCACAAAUUUAACGAACAGCACCACAAUAGAACGCAAAUACUUUUACGUACCGGUAUUAUAUUGAUUAGUGGUGGUGUUGCUGCGGCUAUACCCAAUCUGGAGCCAUUCAUCAGUCUUGUGGGCGCCAUCUUCUUCUCACUGUUGG